AUGGCGUCCUCAGAAUCCUCUGCGCCGGCUUCUGUCAUUGUCACACCCAUAACGCCGCCGCAGGAGUCGGAAGCACAGCCGGCCAAGGAAAAGCGAAGGCGGGCCGGCAAGCCCAAGGUUCGGACGGGCUGUGUAACCUGGAUAAAAUGCGACGAGCAGAAGCCGGCAUGCCAGAGAUGCAUCUCGACGGGCCGAACGUGCGAUGGCUACAAAGCUACCACGAAGCCGAAAGCAACGAGAAAGCCGGGGUUCUCUCAGCAGCUUUCGUCCUCUUCGUCACUCCACUCAUCUUCAUCAUCUCUUACACAGCUACGGCCCCUGGUGACCAACUUCAGCGGCGAUGUGGUGGAGAGUCAGUAUAUUCACCAGUUUCUCCCCCUUGCAGAAGAUUUGGUGGGCAUCACGCACGUCCACAACUCCUUCUUCUGGGGACACGUCGUACCCGAGUACUGUUUCACGUCCAAAGCCGUGAAGCAUGCCAUCGUUGCCCUAAGCUCGGCCUAUCACGACUUUCGGCUGGCCGGGUCCAACACAACCGUCGUUGGUCCACCCACCAACAGCGAGCGCUACAUCAUCCGUCAGUACAACCUGUCGCUGAAUAGGAUGGCCGAAGAGCUCAACGGGCUACCGAUGAGAAAGCGCUAUGGAAUCAUCAUGAUCUGCUGCGUUUCCUUCUUCUACAUUGAGAUCCUGCGGGGCAACUGGCCGACGGCCAUGAUGCACCUUGCCAACGGCAUCCGGCUGAUGUCAAACCUCCCGGACGAGGUGGAGGACGUAUUUCGCCAUCCGGAGAUAUUCAGCCACGACCACGACAAUUCUCACGCCAGGGCGGUCUACAUGGUGAAGCUGCUUCGCCGGUGGGAAGGGUCGGCAGCAUUCAUGAGGACCAACUCGCCGCCGUCCUUGUCCCUCCAGGCCUACGAAACGAGAAAAAGCAACGCCGCAGGGCCCAAAGAGUUUACAUCGCUGGAGAAGCUGCAAGAGGCGGUCGACGACCUCUUCCAAGAUAUCAAUGCGUUUAGCUGGAUGUGCAGACAGUACAGUGGCGACGACAGUGCUUGGGAUCAUGCGGCUGCUCGGUUCCAGGUUGACGUGCUGCACCAACGGUGCUACCACAUCCGAGAGCUGCUGAACAAGGCAAACAGCGUCUACGGAGACAUGGAGCGGGCACCUGCUCCGCGUGACUUUUUGAAGUACAUGGGCUGUCUACUUCGGCACCGCGCCGCGUCGAUUGCGCUCGAUGCCAUGCCUCUGCCCCAGGGCAUGGCGUACACGCCUCCCGACGAGGACGAGAACAAGUUCAAGGAAGUGGCCUCGAUUGCAGAGGCGAUCAAGCAAGCUCUUCGGGCAACGCUGGCGGGAGGGUCGCCGUGGUUCAAUGUGGACUUUGGGGUCAUCACCACGCUCUACAUCGCAGCGACAAACUGCUACACGCGUUCGAUGAGCGAGAAGCUGUUUGAUAUGAUGAAGAGCUGGCCGUGGCGAGAGGACUUGUGGGACGGGCCACAGCUGAGACAGCAGCUGUAUGAUCUGAGGAAGCCGGUUGUCGAGGUGCCAGUUGCGACGACGCCCGAUCCGGAGACGCCCGUCCCUACAACGCCUCAUCUGAUGAAGCUCGCGCAUCGGCCGCCGACCAAAGGAACGGCAGAACUGACAGACUCUGACGACUGA